CUGUAAAGUUAAACACAUUUGCAGCCAUGAAUCAGUGAAAACGUCCAAUUAGCUUCAACAUAUAAAAGCUGAAGAAGAAAAGCUGUCGGAUUGGUUAAACAAGAUGUCAACAAAAAUGCAGACUGCAGUGAAGCAAAACUACCAUGCAGAGACUGAAGGCGACAUCAACAAGCUCAUCAAGCUGAAGCUCAGUGCUUCCUACACAUAUCUUGCUCUGGGGAUGUAUUUUGACAGGGAUGAUGUUGCAUUGCCGCACUUCUCCAGGUUUUUCCUGGAGCGCUCCAAGAAGGAGCGGGAACAGGCUGAGGAGCUGCUGGAAUACCAGAACACCAGAGGAGGCCGGAUUCUGCUGCAGACCAUCGCUAAACCGAGCAGGGAGGACUGGAAAGGCGGUCUGGAUGCGUUGACCUUCUCCCUGGAAUACCAGAAGUCCCUGAACACUUCCAUCUUGGAUGUUCACCGCAGAGCCAACAGCAAGAAAGACCCACAUCUCUGCGACUUCCUGGAGCGGGAGUUCCUCGUCGACAGCCAUGACGCCAUCAAAAAGCUGGGCGACUACAUCAGCAAUCUGACCCGCCUCACCGGCGCCGACCCGCACGGCUCCAUGGCAGAUUACCUGUUCGACAGACUCACCCUCUAACGGCGGCAUUAACAUCUCCAGCUGUCCACAUUUCCAAAGAGGUCAAAGCUGCAUUUGUUUCUGUUAAAAAAAACUAUUUGCACAUUUAACCCUAAACUUCUUUAUUUCUGUACAAUAGGUCAAACAUCAACUUUUCUAAAAGAACCAGGAGCGCCAAUGUUCUGAAGUUGUAGCAAAAGCCAUAAUUUUUGUAAUGAGCUGUUGUGAAAUAUUUGGUUAUCAUGUCAUGCAUUCCAUAGUCCUAUUUUUGCAAACCUUUCUGAAAUAUUUCAUGAUCUGGAAGAUGAAAUGUCUAAUAAAUCUAAACCUGUGAAGCA